UCAAAAACUUGAACAGCGUUUAUGUCCGUUUGAUUAACUAUCAAAAAAUGGAUAAUAAUGAACAACCAAGUAUCAUUUUUCAUCCGAUUAUAUCUUCAAUUCAAAAAAUCGCCCUUUAUGAAACAAAAUCUAAAUUUUAUUUAAUGGGUUCCAACAACAAUUUAACACGCUUCAGAGUGUUAAAAAUAGAUAGGAUGGAGCCGAAAGAUUUAAUUGUUGUUGAUGAUAAAAUGGAAUACACUCAUGAAGAAAUAGCAGAUCUUGUCAACAUGAUUGAUAUGGGUAAUCGUACCAAAAUGAAUCAAAAGAAUAAAUCUGGAGGUGUUGCAAAGAUUGUAUCAGCAUUUGGAAUCGUUGGUAGUAAAGUUAAUAUAUCAUCAAAACUUGUAUCUGACGAUGAUAAUAAUAGCACGUCUGAUGAAGUUAAAAAUCAAGAAUCAAAAUCUAAUCCAACAAUUCAUAAGCCAACUCAAACGAAUUUUUCAUGGAAAUCAAUAUGGCAAAAAGAUUCUUUUCCCAGAUUAGUUCCAGCUUUUGGGCUUAUUGGAUUUGUAAGGUUUUUGGAGGGAUAUUACAUAAUUUUAGUAACCAAACGUCGACGAGUAGCCGUAAUAGGUCAUCAUACAAUUUAUAAAAUAGAAGAUACAUCAAUGAUUUACAUUCCAAAUGAUACCGUUCGAGUAUUUCAUCCAGACGAACAGAGAUAUGUUAAAAUGUUUCAGAGUAUUGAUCUAAAUAGUAACUUUUAUUUCAGUUACUCUUAUGAUUUGACUCAUACCUUUCAACAUAAUCUAGCUCCCCCUAAACACAUACAGUCAACAAUAGAUGAAGAUAUUGAAGACGAAGAAAAUUCUAAGAGUAAUGAAGAUGUAAAUGAUUCAUUCAACAUGUGGACUCACAGAAAAAGUUGGAAAAAUAAUGGCUACGGUGGUAGAACUAUUGAUUAUGGAAUACGAAGUAAUCCACAUCGUCGAUUUGUCUGGAAUAGCCAUUUGUUGGCUCCGGUGGAAAAAGAAUUACAUCGAGACUGGAUUUUAUAUAUAACUCAUGGAUUUAUAGGCCAAUCAAAUGUAAGCAUUUUUGGAAAGUCUAUUUACAUAACAUUAAUAGCUAGAAGGAGUAAUAAGUAUGCAGGGACAAGAUUUUUAAAAAGAGGAGCUAAUUUCGAUGGAGAUGUAGCCAAUGAAGUGGAAACAGAACAAAUAGCCCAUGAUUCAGCAGUGAGUUCAUUGUAUAGCGGACGUUUUAGCUCAUUUGUUCAAAUGCGUGGUUCAGUCCCGGGUCACUGGAGUCAAGAUAUUAGCAAAAUGGUACCAAAACCAACAAUCUCCAGUGAUUUAGCUGAUCCUUUUUUUGAAACAGCUGGUGCGCAUUUCAAUAAAUUACUUAAACGCUACGGAUCACCAAUUAUUAUACUUAGCUUGGUCAAAAAAAGAGAGAAAAAAAAACACGAGAGUACUCUGAGUGAAGAAUUGUCAGCUUCAGUGAGAUACUUGAAUCAAUUUUUACCUCCUGAUCAUCAUAUUCAAUACACAAGCUUUGAUAUGGCUCGUAAAAAUAAAGGAAAAGAAGCAAAGGUGAUGAGCAAAUUGGCUAAUAUUGCUAAAGAUGCUAUCAUGAAAACAGGAAUGUUUCAGUCUCAACAACCUUAUUAUAGCCAAAAAAAAUUAUUCAAUGGUCUCGAAUCUACUAAACGGGUAAAUAAUUUAAGCAAUUUAAUAUCCUCAAGUGUUCAAGAUUUAGAAACUGAUGGUAGUGAGAGUGUAAUUAUUAAAGAUCAUGUGAGAGAUUUAUUCGUUCAAAAAGGAACUCUACAAACAGGAAUCAUUCGUACUAAUUGUGUUGAUUGUUUAGAUAGAACAAAUACCGCUCAAUUUGCUAUUGGUAAAUGUGCUCUUGGUUAUCAGCUAUGUGCCCUGGGAGUUUUAGAUUCACCAAAAUUAGAAUUCGAUUCAGACUGUGUACGUAUGUUGGAAGAAUUAUAUGAAGAUCAUGGAGACACAUUAGCUUUACAGUAUGGAGGUUCACAGUUGGUCCAUCGGAUAAAAACUUAUCGAAAAACUGCACCAUGGACUAGUCAAGGUAAUGACAUCAUGCAAACUUUAAGUCGCUAUUUCAGUAAUACGUUCAGUGAUCAAGAGAAACAGCACACGAUUAAUUUAUUUCUUGGAUUAUUUGUUCCUGAAGAAGGGAAACCAGCUAUAUGGGAAUAUUUAACAGAUUAUUAUUUACAUAAUAAACCAGCUUGUAAAUAUACUCGACGAAUGCGACCAUUGACACAAUGGUGGGAUAAAAAUAUGAUCAAAUGUCUUCCUCACUCUUAUUAUGAAGUAGAAAAAAGCUGUUGGGAAAUUAUUCAAGUCCAAGACUCUCAAGAAGAAAUGAUUGAUAUCUAUUCAGACUAUCAUAGAUUGUUUGAGUUACUUUCUUUAUCAGAAAUGUACGCUUAUCGAAUAAGCCAUUCUGUGCGCGAUUUCAUGCCUCAUUUCACCACUAACGUCAGUCCUUUUGCUGUGAGAGUGAGGCAAGGCAGAAGAAGAGAAGAAACAAGCAAUAAAAGAGCCAAUAUGAAAAAUCCUUCAAUGACUGGACAAAGCAGUACAUCAAGUACAGCUUCUAGUGCAAGCUCGAGUGUCGAAACGAGUUCCGAUGAUGAUGACAGUCAUCAACAAACUGAUUCCCAUAUUUUCUCACGAGAUACUAGUGAGUUAAUUAGCUUUGAAAAUUUAUUUCCUUCGAUGAAGGAAGUAUAUGGCACGGAACCAGAGAAUCCAAAGCGGAGUGAUUUAGUUUUAUAUAAAAAAUUUGUAAUGAUUGAUCGUAAUGCUACUUGUCUUAAAGAUCAUACUAGUAUUAAGUCUAAAAUUCUACAACAAGCAACGCUUCCAGAUGUUGUACCUUCGAAGAUUACUCUGCCUAUUGUAAAAGAUACCAGCAUCAGUAUUUAUGAACAGUAUGUUCAGAGAGGAAAGAAUGGUGGAUUCAUUCCUAAUCCAACAGACAUGAUUUUGUAUGAAAAUUACGUCUAUCAACAGAAAUUAUGUCUAGGAAUUUCUAGUAAAAGACCAUAUUUGUGAUAUUAAAUAUAUUAAUUGAAAUGAA